UUAUAGCUCAAAGUAACCUGUCGCGUGGCUAAAUCGAAAGUAUUUUUAUUUUUUUCGCUACGAUCUAUAUCAAAUAACAUUCGUUCGUGUUAAGUGUAACUAUAGUUAAAAUCAAUUUCACUUUUAUUUUCAUGUUUAAAGAACCAUCAAAAUGGUAGCCUAUACAUUUUACCUGGUUAUCAUUACCGUCAUUACCGCCGGUGUCCAUUGCCAUUCACCGUUCAAAAAUCAUGCUGCCAAACCCGUUACUCCAAUCACCAAACAAACCUAUUCCGGAACAUCGUUGCCUAAAACUCCAUCACAAUUCGACACAUCAACCACUAAAAAUCGAAAUCCGUUUGAAGUAGUUUACCAGUGGCAAAUUCUCGACUUCCAAUAUCCGUCAGAUGCACACCGAGAACAGGCCAUACGGUCCGGAGAGUUCGUACCCGAAAAUAAUCUACCACUAGGAGUUGAUCGCUCUGGCGAUCGUUUAUUCGUGACUAUGCCAAGAUGGAAGAAUGGAGUGCCGGCGAGCUUAGCAUGGCUUCCAUUGCCAUCAGUUUAUAUAAAUCCGCCGCUUAACCCUUAUCCUGAUUGGAGUUUCCACGGAAAUCCAGAUGCACCCGAUUGUAGCAAACUUAUGUCGGUAUAUCGUCUAUGGAUCGAUGAAUGUCAACGUCUAUGGGUGUUGGACGCUGGUAUCGUUAACGCAACAAUAAAAAUCAAUCCCGUGUGCCCUCCAAAGAUAGUUGUGUUCGAUUUACGUACGGAUCAGCCAAUAUUUUCGUACGAACUUCCACCGGAUCAAAUCAAAGAAGAUUCAUUGCACUCCAAUCUGAUCGUUGAUGUGCGAAAUGGUAAAUGUGCCGACGCCUACGCUUAUAUUACCGAUGUCUGGCGAUUCGGCGUGGUUGUAUUUAGUUUAGCCAAAGGAAGAAGUUGGCGAACAACUAACCAUUUGUAUCUACCGAAUCCACUGGCUAGCGAUUUCACAUUACACGGACUGAAUUUCCAAUGGACUGACGGCGUCUUUGGAAUGAGUCUCACGCCGAUCAACGAAUACAAUGACCGUCUGAUGUUUUUCCAUCCAAUGUCCAGUACCAAUGAAUUUAUGGUCAGCACAAGUGUGUUGCGAAACGAAUCGGUAUGGUUGAAUGGUGGCCUGGCGAAUGCAUUCGUUCCGAUCGGCGAUCGAGGCGAUCGCGGUCAAUCGUCCACAUCAGGCAUUGAUCGGAACAAUGUCAUGUUUUACAAUUUAGUUCAUCAGGACGCCGUUGGUUGUUGGGACACCACUAAACCUUAUUCGGCCAACUAUCUGGAUAUCGUUGCUAGAGAUAAUGUAACGCUGAUUUUCCCGAAUGAUAUGAAAUUGGACCGGGAAGUAGAUCAGGGUCUGUGGGUUCUGAGUAAUCGAUUACCGGUUUACUUGUACUCUCAAUUGGAUUACAACGAUGUCAACUUUAGAAUACAGCGAGUCGGAGUUCGUGAAGCUGUUACUGGCACAAAAUGUGGUCGAAAUGUUUGAAUUUUUUUUUCAUUGAAACUAACGAAUUUUUAGGCAAAAAAUCAAACUUUUCUUUAAGAUCUUUAAAAAUUAAUAAAUUCCAUCUGCUAAA